AUGGAUGAAACGAAUAAAAAACUCAUCGAAUUAUUGGACAUCAAUAAUUUACCAACUUUUGAUGUAUUCCAACAGACGAAAGAAAUUGUUCGACCAAUAGAUACUGAUACUCUCGACAAAUUAAAUACCUUUGUAAUUGAAUGUUUACAACUUCCAAUGGAUAAAAUUUUAUUGAUAUUAAGAAAAAGAACGGAAAAUAUACUCCUAACAAUCGAAAAUUUUGCAUGGAUCAUUUGGAAUCAAUUCAACCUGCAACAGCAAAUCAAUGAAAAAGAAUUCAAAUUUUUAGAAAAUCUUGGACAGUUAAAUAGAACGAUGGUUGAUUUAGAUAUUGAUGAACAUGACCGAAAAUGUUAUUGUAUGAUUCAAUAUGUAAUAGCACCAUUAAUACUUAAAAAAAGUUUCAUGAAAAUUUUCGAAUCGAUAAUAGAAAAGUUGCAUGUUGAUAGUUCUUCUGUUCAAUACAAUUUACCCAUGCUCAAUGUUAUUUCUCUAUGGCUUGAUACAAUAUCACAUCUUCAUUAUUUUUUACGCAUGAGAAUUCGAAAUUUGAAAGAUCAACAAGAUCCACUAACACAAAUAAUUACAACGAUUAUUAUGAAUCCAAUCUACCAACAAUAUACAGAAAAGCAUUGCUCUACUUAUAUGGAAAUGAAAUCAAUUGAACAAUUUUAUAUUAGUUCAUGCUCUUUUUAUUAUGCAUUUAUUUCAGAUUUAAGAAACUGGCUAGAUAUUGUUGAACCAUUACUUUACUACAGCAGGAAAUUUGUGAUUUUCCAUGUUCGUUCAAUUACUGACGAAUGGCAAUCGAACAUUCUAAACUGUAUGAAAAGUUCUGUUUCAUUGAUAACACAAUAUUAUGAAUAUAUAUAUUCUGAUUGUCGUACAAUAGAUAAGCCACCAGCAUGGAGAACUAAUAUACACUUUGAUAAUGAUGAUGAAUAUAUAACAUCGAUAAUAAUUAUUUUGAAUAAUAAAUGUAUUCAAGAGAAAUUAUUAUUUACAUGGUCAAAUGAUGAAACUAUUAUCAUAGACAUGAUCAUCACAUAUCUCUUAACGUUAAUCACAUGUCCUGAUCAGAUAAGAUGUGUAGUUCUGCACCUUUUACGCACAACUAAUUCGAUAAAUACAAUUUAUUUAUUAAUAUUAAGAAAAAAUUUGUAUGAAUCAUUACAAAGUCACUUAUUCACACUAUUGUCAAUCGUAUUACAUGAUACGUUAAUAUAUGAAUUAAAUAUAGCGAAUCAACUCGCAUUUCUGUACUUUACACGAAUUGAAACAACUUUAACUCGUUUGAAACAACGUAAAGAUGAUAUCGAACAAGAAAAUAUGAAAACAUAUUUGUCCGAUUUUCUCAACUUAUUAGCAAAUGAUAUUAUUCAACAAGAAAUUAUAAAAUUGAACAAACUUGAGUUAUUUAUUGAACUUGAAAAUAAGCUUUAUUCUACUGAAAAAUAUGAAAUUAUUUGGACCUUAUCAUUUCAUCCUUCAGUCAAAUUAUCAAUAAAGAACACUUCAUUUUUAUUAUCGUUAAGGAAUGAAUGCCAAUCAAAUCAUAAUCCAAACAGUUUUUAUAUUGACCAAGCAGUAUGGGGAAUUCUAUGGAAUUUAGGUGAUCAUCAAGGCCUUACAAGAUUACGAAAACAAUAUAAUAAGGAACAUCGGUAUGAAGAAAGAGUUAAGAACUGUAUUUCAAUCACUAAUUUUAAUGUGAUGAUCAAUUAUCAUGCGAGUGAUUUCGAUCAAGUUGAUAUAUUAACAAAGAAACUACGUGGAUAUGGUAUACGUCCAUUGUUAAAUGAAUUAUCUGGAAAAGGUCAUGCAGGAACAAGAAAUGUAAUGAUAGAUACUAUGGAGGCCAUAGGAAAUAUUAGACAUUUUAUUAUAUGUUUGAGUGAAAAAUGUGUUCGUAGUAAUUUUUGCAAGGCUAUUCUAACAUAUGUUCAUAAAAAACAACUAAUACUUAUACCUGUUAUUGUGCAGUAUAAGUACACAAUUUUAGAAGAUUGGCUUUAUUUUAUUGUUGGUUCAUUAUCCAUUAUUUAUUUUGAAGAUGAAGAAAUGAUUGCACAAUUGAUACAUCGCAUCAAAGAUUAUGACAAUAACAUUACUGUUGAAUACGAUAAUCAAUUGUUGCUUUCACAUGAUGAUAAUAUUGUGGAAGACUGUUUCCAUGAUUUAUAUACAGAUUGUAAAAAUAAUGAAUUGGAAAAAAUUCAAAGUUAUAUUAGUAAAUUAGCAAUCAGACAUAUAAACAAACAACAGUCAAACGGUAGCACACCGUUACAUGUAGCUGCUUACUACGGUCAUCAUGAAAUAGUGAAAUUAUUAUUAACUCAUGGUGCAUGGAGAUCGAUAAGGAAUAAACUUAACUUGACAGCGUGCGAAGAAGCUCGAACAGAAAAAAUUCGUCAACUUUUCCUACGAAAUAAUGAUAAUUAUUACUUCAUUACAGACAGAAACGAAGAUAAUAUGUUAGAAUGGACAAUUAUGUACGAUGAAAUACAAACACAGCGAAGAUUAUUUCGACAACAAUUUUUAGGUGAUGCAAAUUUGUCGUUAGAUUAUCAACGAAUAUUAAAUAGAUUUCAAAAACAUUAUUUACAAAAAAUACCAUUGGAAUCCAAACUACGAUCAUCUUUAAACUGUUAUUUUACGAUGGCAGCAGAAGAAAAUGAUUUAAGAUAUGUAUUAAGUGCUUAUACAUCGGCAACAAUAUUUCAUAAAAUACUUAAUAAAGAUCUUGCAACUUAUGCUUUACAUUAUUUUGAUUCCACACUGAAUAAAACGCAAGAUUAUGCACUAUCUAAUUGUAUUAUUGAUCUCAUUGCAUUAUUAAUUCAUUCUAAUGGACUAGAUUCGUAUUACUGUCUGGAUACUCUAACAAGCUAUCGUGGUAUGCUUAUGACUCGUGAUAAUUUGAAACAAUAUAGUGUUGGCUCACAAAUAAUGAAUGUAUCGUUCAUAUCUACAUCAAAAAGCAAAGAAAUUGCACAAAUAUUUGCUGGAGAAGGAGCAGCAGAUUCUCUAAGACAAACACCCGAACAUACACCUAUACAUUUAUCAACCUUAUGUAGAUAUCAAACCAAAAAUCAUCGAACAGCAUUACAGUUAGAAUGUUUAUCAGAAAUACCCGACGAACAAGAAAUAUUAAUUUUACCAUUUUCGGCAUAUGAAAUCGUUAGUAUUAGAAAAUAUGACGAAAAGAAAAACAAUGGAAUCAUGAUUGAAAUAGAACUAGAAGAAUGUGAUGAAGCAUAA